CCUCCGGGCCCUCCCGCCCGCGCUCCCCGAGGCCGCAACGCCGCGCUUUGCUCGCCGUGCCCGCUCCGCUCCCGCUCCCCUCUCGCCCAGCCCGGGGCCGCUCCCUCUGCAGCCGCCGCCGCGAAGACCCUGAGGCCGUCCGCGCCCACCAUGCGGGCUCAGCUCUGGCUGCUGCAGCUGCUGCUGCUCCGUGGGGUCGCGCGCGCGCUCAGUCCCGCAACACCCGCAGGUCAUGAUGAAGGCCAAGGCCCGGAAUGGACGGCCGAGGGAACCAGGCAAGGCUGGCGUCGGAGAGCUCGAGAGAGUCCCGGGCAGGUGCUGAAGCCAGGCAGGACCCAGCUAAGCCAGGACCUGGGAGGGGCCUCCCUGGCCAUUGACACACUCCCAGACAACAGGACCAGGGUGGUGGAAGACAACCACAACUACUAUGUGUCCCGUGUCUAUGGUCCUGGUGAGCGUCGCAGCAGGGAUCUGUGGGUAGACAUAGCCGUGGCCAACCGGAGCCACGUGAAGGUCCACAGGAUCCUCUCAAGCUCUCACCGGCAGGCUUCGAGAGUGGUCUUGUCCUUUGAUUUCCCUUUCUACGGGCAUCCUCUUCGGCAGAUCACCAUAGCAACUGGAGGCUUUAUCUUCAUGGGCGACGUGCUCCACCGGAUGCUCACAGCUACUCAGUAUGUGGCGCCCCUGAUGGCCAACUUCAACCCCGGCUACUCCGACAACUCCACAGUUGCUUACUUUGACAAUGGGACAGUCUUUGUGGUUCAGUGGGACCAUGUUUACCUCCAAGGCCGAGAGGACAGGGGCAGCUUCACCUUCCAGGCAGCCCUUCACCAAGAUGGCCGCAUUGUCUUCGGCUACAAAGAGAUCCCUAUGGCUGUCCUGGAAAUCAGCUCUGCCCAGCACCCUGUCAAGGCAGGCCUGUCAGAUGCCUUCAUGAUUCUCAAUUCAUCCCCAGAGGUGCCCGAGUCUCGGAGACGGACCAUUUUCGAAUACCAUCGUGUGGAACUGGACUCCGGCAAGAUCACCAACACAUCGGCUGUGGAGUUCACUCCAUUGCCAACCUGCCUCCAGCAUCGGAGCUGCAACACCUGCAUGUCCUCGAACCUGACCUUCAACUGUAGCUGGUGCCAUGUCCUGCAGAGAUGCUCCAGUGGCUUUGACCGUUACCGCCAGGAGUGGUUGGCCUAUGGCUGUGCCCAGGAGGUGAGAAGUGCAGAGGGCAGGACCUGUGAGGACUUCCAGGAUGAGGGCCACUACUCAGCCUCCCCCGACAGCUCCUUCGGCCCCUUUGAUGGUGACCAUACUACCUCUUCCUCCCUCUUCAUCGACAGUCUCACCACAGAAGAUGACACCAAACUGAAUCCCUACGCAGGAGGCGACGGACUUCAGGACAACUUGUCCCCAAAGACCAAGGGUCCCCCUGUGCACCUGGGCACCAUCGUGGGCAUCGCGCUGGCUGUGCUCCUGGUAGCGGCCAUCAUCCUGGCUGGGAUUUACAUCAGCGGCCACCCUAACUCCAAUGCUGCGCUCUUCUUCAUCGAGCGGAGACCUCACCACUGGCCGGCCAUGAAGUUCCGAAACCACCCCAACCACUCUACCUACACAGAGGUCGAGCCCUCGGGCCACGAGAAGGAGGCCUUCAUGGAGGCCGAGCAGUGCUGAGAGCAUCAGGCCAGAGACCUGGGGAUGGCAUGAGAUGGAGUCACAGCAAAGAGAAGUGAUUUUUCCUGGCUUCCUCUGAGCUGGCCGUGAGCCAGGAAGACAACAGCUUAUGGUGACAAAACCACAGUUUGGUCCUCACACCCCAGAUAAAAGGGGUACAGUAACACAACCAUGAGGGUUUCUUAAAGGAACACUAACCUCAGAGUUCUCUGUUCCGAUGGGAGGGGCUCUUUUUUGGGGUCUCCCAAUGGUCUGCGCUGUAGCUAUCACAGAGCCCCUCCCCACUGGAGACAGCCUGGUCACAAGCCCCUGCUGGGGCUCCUGCAUUCUAAGGUCCAGAAGCUCAAGGGCUGGUGUUCCUAGCUAUGGAGUCAGUGCGCCUGGCUCCAAACUCCGUGGCUCUGGAAGCCUGAAGAAGGGGUCCCCUCCACCAGAGAGCUCUUACCCCUUGAGACAAACCAAGUGCGAGGAGAGAAAAGGAACCCAGGGGAACCUGUGUCUUCUGGCCUUGGUCCUUUGCUGCAUCCUUUCUGCAGAGACCCAGGGCCGACAUCAGACACUGCAGCCUGCAUCCCAGGCUGCGCCCUGCGCUGCCCCUCAGCCCCCUCCCUUGCAAGCCGGUCUUGCAUGGCUGCCAGCAAUGAGUGGGCGCUUGCUGUACCAUGUGUCUGGUGCCCGCUUUACCCUCUGGCCUCUUCUGUUGUCAAUGCCGGGAGUUUCCUAAAGAGAGGAAACCACUUACCUGGCUCCUAUUUCUCCUUGACUGACCUGGGUGGCGUCUUUUUGUAACCAUUAACAACAAACAGGUGGCCAGAGGUUUCCCUGAGAACCAGCCCAUCCGGUUGUAUCCUGUAGAAGCACAGCUGCCAGGAACGUAGGGCCGAGAAACCAGGCAUGGGAGGGACCUUGACCUGGAAAUCGGCCUCCAACUCUCCAGCUCUGCAAAGAGCUUUGGGGGCAGGGAGUUGAUGCUCCCCUACUUAGCCUGGUUUUAAGGGACUUCUGUCCCUGUGAUGGGCAGGACUGCUUCCGAAGGACGAUGAAAAUCUAGAGCUUACCCUCCCUCCAAAUAAAUACCAUCAGCAAAUAAA